AUGGCUUUCGCGGCUCAACACGGCGCCAUGACGUUGCUGGAUGAGUCCGUCGCCGAGAAUGCUCGCGAUAGGUGCUUGCAUCUGAUACAAACCCGCGCCCAGAACAUGACGGCACGACUGAUCGAGGGCGAUGAUUUGGACAACCAUGACGACUUGGCAGAUGCAGAAUGGAUGCUGGCCUCGAUUCUUAUCAUGUGCAACUACGAGAAUGCCCGUCGCCGCCUGCAAAUCGCCGAUGAUCACAGGCGCGCGGCCCGGACGAUUGUUAACCUUUUCAAAUGUCAGAACUCCAUCAGCAACCGAGAUCUGUUUGCUUUCUUGCGAAACCAACUAGCCAUAGAUGAUGUGCUGGCAGCUACGACAUCGUUUGACCUGCCCCUCAUUCGGAACGCCGUCACACCGGCACCUGGCUCAGAUCAUCUGCUGUUUUCGACAUAUCUGGCCUUUUUGCACCGCGUCACGCUUGUGUCGGCAGAUGCCGUAGAGUGUCAUCCUUCAAUAUCGCGCCUACGAAGUGGUCUCACGAUGCCUCUUAUUCGAUAUGGGUUUGAGCAAGCAAGAGGCGCCACGCUGAUGGCGGCCGGGCGACUCGGACUAGCAGGAUCAAGCAUGUCCCGGCUGCUUUACUCGAUAAGGUGUCUCGACUACGCCAUCGAGCACGCCUCGGAGCGCAUUGUAGCCGUAGCUAGCCUAUUCGACCAACUGACUGGAUUUGAAGACCAAGCUGCCUUCGUUCAGAAUCUAGCCUGGCCGACGUUCAUUGCCGGUACCGAAUGCCAUGGAGAUCAGCAUCAACAAGAAAUCAUCACGGGCUUGCUCACGGCGAUCCAUGAGGGCACUCGUUUCAGCUACUACCUGGAUGCGGUGAACUUUCUCAAGGAGUUUUGGGCUGGCAAAGACGACGAUUGGCGACCCCUCGCUCGCAUGAGAGAAGCCAUAGGGCAGCGAGUUCUUGUGGUGUGA